AUGACUACUCGCGAGAUUUUGACUUUACAGUUCGGACAUUAUUCGAAUUAUGUGGGCGCACACUUUUGGAACAUACAAGAACAAAGUUUCGAUUACACCGGGACAGUGAAGAGUGAAGUAAAUCAUGAUAUAUUAUACCGCGAGGGACAAUCUUCUAAAGGAGAAGUUACUUAUACUCCAAGAUUAUUACUAGCCGACCUUAAAGGUUCUCUUAAAACCCUACCUGCUAGUGGAGGGCUAGAACUUGAGUCAAAUAGUAUAGAUAAUGUACCUUGGAACUCCGUGGAAAAGAUUGAAGAACCUACAGCAGAUAAAAACGAGUUCCUCACAGAUAUAGAUGCUGAAGAUCCUCCGGAUACGAGAAACAAACAGUAUGUUUUAGAUAAGGAUGUGAACACAUGGACUGACUACUUAUUUCCUAGGUUUCAUUCACGCACAGUAAAUAUUAUUAAAACCUAUCAACAUGGUGAUGACCAAGUAAGCCUUGAUAUAGGAUGUGCUGGCCGAUCAAUAUGGAAAUCUGAUUUUGGUGAAGCAUUUGCAGACAACAUCAGAAAAUAUGUUGAGGAAUGUGACAGCAUGCAAGGAUUCCAAGUGAACUUUGACUGUUGCGAUGGUUUCUCAGGACUUGCUUUGGGGUGUAUAGAGCAUUUAGCUGAUGAAUACACAAAAUCUAUACUGGCUCACCCCAUAAUACCUUCAUAUUUUAAGGAUAAUGAUGCAGUUACUCAAGAAGAGAGAGACAAAUCCAAUUUAAAAGAUUCCAUUAGACUUGCCAAUAUUGCCUUAUCCAUCGAAGAGUUAUCUCAAUAUGCAACUCUAUUUGUGCCUUUAUGCUCUGGAGAGAGAGGUUGGAGAAAACCUGGAAAUCCCAGAAUGUUUGACUAUCUUAAUUACCGACCUGAGUUAUAUUAUCAUUCCUCUGCAGUUUUAGCAGCAGCUGUUGAUACAUUAAGUCAAAAAUAUAGACAUAAAACUAAUGCUUACUCCAUGUCAGAUAUCUGUGCAGAUUUGACAGGAUAUGGAAGAAAAAUGGCAGCUGCCUCACUGGGUAUGCCAUUUGCGUUCCAUGAAUCAGAGUAUUUGAUAGACUACUUAAAUAAUACAACAAAACCCAUCUACACAUCUCUAACACCCAAUUGUAAGAUAGCUACAGAUAAAAUAUUCCAAUUAAUUACAGUUAGAGGCAUUCCUGAAAAUUACCUGAAGGCCCCUAUGAAUGAAGCCAAACAACAGAUGAAUAUUCCAGCUUACCGAUGUAGAGAUGUCAAAGAAAUGUUUGAGUUAUAUUUUCAAGCAAAUAACUUUCUGUCAGCAACUAAUGUCACAGUUUGUGAAAAGCCUUUGCAAGUGGUAUCCCCGUUUCCAAAUAUAUUUUCUGAAAAGCUUAAUAAGUAUGGAUUUGUUCAGGAUGCUGUGAGAGCAGAUAAUAUGCAGAGCUGCCCAGUCGUAAGUGGUUAUCAUAAUGGAAAUUUCAUUGCUGACAUGUUAGAAAAGCUGCAUAGAGAGGUGAGCAGAGUAAAAUUUACAAAACUGCACAAGUUUCAAGAGGAAGGCAUGGAAUUCACUGACUACAAAGAAAGUCUUGAUAGACUCGCCGAGUUUAAGGAUAAUUAUGAAGAUGAUUUUGAACUAUAA